UAGUUGACCACCGCCCACCGCCCCGCAAAAAAAUUUACCAUGGCGGCGGUCGUCAGAAAAUUCUUGAUUUCUUCGGCGCUACGCCUGCACAAGAGCGUCGCGCCGUCGCUGCCGAAAUCAGAACACGCCGUGCGACAAGUUCGUCACCGUGUUUGCUACAACUCCGGCGCCGUGAUGCCCGAACCGGAGCGGUCCAGCUUCGGCCUCCUGUGGGUGCUACUGACCGUGCUUCCCGGACUCUACGUCGGAGCUACCAUCAGCAAGGAAGGCGCCGCGUUCUUGGAAGAGAACGAUAUCUUCGUGCCCGACGAUGACGAUGACGACGGCUGAAAAAAAGCGAACUACGUUUAUAUCUUAUCGCAGAUCUGCGUUGUCGCGAAACGCCGCCGUUUUCUUGCGCCUUCACUCUCACGUAGUUGCCCUUCAGCGCGCCGUCGAGAAAUUCGACCAGCUCGCCAACACAAGCAGCUCUUCCCUCUUCAAACUAGUCCAGAUUCAAGCGGUGCGGACAUUUUUAAGACGAAUUCACGAAACUGUUAUCUGCACGGCUUACGUUACUACUGUAUAGCGUAGAAAAAUAGAAUUCAAGGUUUACGUACCUUACGUUCUCGUCUAAAUAAAAAAAGAAGAAAACACACA